AUGCUGUUACGGUUAGCGACGAUUAGCGCUUGGUUGCUGGUGGCCGCGAUGUCCUCAGCAGCUGCCGACAUCAACUUCGAGAACGCACUCACCGAAAAGCCAACGAUAGAAUGUGGCCAUGGUCGUCUUGCUGUCAGUAUUGCCACCGAGAAGCAGCCACCUUCGCAUGUCUUUGCCAAGGGGCAUUUCAAUCGACCAGAUUGCUCGUUUCACAACACAACGCAUGCCAUUUUUGAUUUCGAGAAAUGCGAUGUGAUGAGGAAAAGAGAGCUACACAUUUGUUUAGCGGCUUCUAUCAAGAUGCAGACAGUAUCGGUUUUGGUGUUCCAUUUUUUCAUUUUCGAGUUCUAA